AUGUCAGGCUCCACAUUCUUUGUGACUCGCCAUUCUGUUCUUCUUGCAGAAUAUGAAAUCGAACGGUCGUUUUUUCUGCGGAUGAAGUGUGUUUUGGCAAAAAGAAAUGCAGGACUCACCUGUAGCGGAUACAAGGUGAUUCACUGCAGUGGGUAUCUGAAAAUAAGGCAGUAUAUGCUGGACAUUUCUUUAUAUGACUCCUGCUAUCAAAUUGUAGGGCUCGUGGCUGUGGGUCAGUCGUUACCCCCGAGCGCCAUCACAGAGAUCAAACUGCACAGUAACAUGUUUAUGUUCAGAGCGAGUCUGGAUCUCAAACUCAUUUUCCUGGACUCGAGAGUAGCCGAAUUAACCGGUUAUGAACCUCAAGACCUCAUAGAGAAAACGCUUUACCACCAUGUCCACGGCUGUGAUGUGUUCCACUUGAGAUAUGCUCACCACCUCUUGCUGGUAAAGGGCCAAGUCACCACCAAAUAUUAUCGGUUGCUUUCCAAACAUGGAGGAUGGGUGUGGGUGCAGAGUUACGCAACAAUCGUCCAUAACAGCCGCUCAUCCAGACCGCACUGCAUUGUCAGUGUGAACUACGUCCUUACAGAUAUAGAAUAUAAGGAGCUGCAGUUGUCCUUGGAGCAGGUGACUGUUUCAAAAGCCGCAUUUCCUUGUCGGAGCGCCAUGACUACCUCACAGGAGGCAAGGAAGCCCACCAAGCUGAAAUCUGCAAAAGUCAAGACAAAGCAGGCACGAUCUAAUCCAUACCCCCAGCAAUAUGGUCCUUCCUAUGGUGAAAAGUUGGACUGUUCUCAGUUUGGAAGUUGGAAAGGAAACUCAGCAAUAAGCUCCCCAGCUAACCAGGAGCCCACCAGCCAUACGGAAAACAGUGAACUCUUGUACACCCCGACCUACAGCUUGCCAUUCCCUUACCACUACGGACACUUUUCAAUGGACUCCCACGUGUUAAAUACCAAGAAACAAGGCGCGUCUUCUAGAUUUGGGCAGCCUCAAGGUUCACCUUGUGAAGUAGCAAGAUUUUUCUUUGGCACGUUACAGACGGGAGGAGAAUGUCAUUGGCGUUACUCAAACUCAGUGGCACCGAACUCACCGCAAAAAACUGCUCAAGAUCAGUCAAACCAGAUGCGCCAUCACCUCUCUCAGAACUAUGAUGCCAAAAGGUAUGCAACGGGGGAUAACGCGUCUGAUGGGUUCACAGGAUGUUCUUCAACGUCAUCAAGAUCCAUCAUCCGAUAUAAAGAUGAACACUAUGGUUCAACUGUGAAAGCCAGCAAACUGGAAAACAGAGGAACCCCCGCCUAUCACACGGUAAAAGAAGAAAACAAGAUGGACUUCAAUAAAUACCAGCAGGAGAAGAUGGCUGUUAACGAGAAGCGCUUUGCAGAAUCCUCAAACAGUUCUUUUCUGCCAAAAUCAGAAUGUCUUCAUGCCAAGACUGUAGGACAGUUAAACCACCUUCUGCCGAGACCAGUGGUCUACGAGCAAACACGAAGGAUCUGUAUGAAGGAGCCCAGAUACGGGCAUGUCAAUAUACGUCCAACAGGAUAUCAUGAACUGGAACACUCUGAUGGAACGUCUACAAAAUUUCCUCACCAUAACCCUGAACAUGAGCAUUUCAAGCCACGUGGCCAGGUCCCCUAUGUACCUCUAAAUUACCACCAUGUGUUAUCCAAACACGGACCUUGUCAGCCGUCAUCAUGCACAGAACGAGAGCAUGGGACGGAAAAUUAUGGCUAUUCCUCAGAGGAAGUGAACUCAUACCUCUACAAAAACCAAAGUCCUUCAUCUAUUUCUUCUCCCGAAAGCCACCACGAAGCUGCACUCCCCCAUUAUAUUGGGACUUCGGUCAUCAUAACCAAUGGAAGGUGACAAUGGACAUUAUGGUUUCUGGCUUGUUGAUCGAAACUGGAAUUAUUUACACAGAAGCAUGAGAAAGCCCGGUGACCAGUACUUACCAAGCAGAGCUGAAGGUCGUGAAAGGACAGACCCGCAUGUUCUCUUGGCAAGCCGUAUGUAAUAGAACCUAAAAGGUCAGAAUUAUACAACCAGCUUCAGAGCAGCAUUGUUACAGAUUAAUCUCUGGUGUAGACUGCGCCAUUCGAGAAGUAAUGUGCCAGAUCAUAUUUUCCUCUUCUCCACCGCCCGAUGAAUAAAAAAGGGCAGCGGCCGAGACGCACAGUUUCAAAUUUAAUUAUAUGAAGGAAACUUUUUUUUUUUCCCUCCCCUCAAACAACCUAGCUCCUUUAAUCCCCUCUACCAGAAAGAGAAUAUGAGUCCAUGACGUGACAGAUACAUUCUAGUGAAUGUGGGACAGAUGACAUUUUUUUAUUUUUUCCUUGAAAUUUUUGGAACAGCCAAUGAAGCCGGGAGACCCGAAGCUAUAUAACUUUUAUUUCAUAGACGUAUUAGGCAAUAACCCAAAUUAAGGUGCUAUGAAAUGUCAGAAUUUUAAGUAUCCCCAUGAUAUAUGGCAUAGGAAAACGUAGGGAUGUACAACCGUAAAUAAUACCGGCCAACGUUUUUUUUUUUUUACUACUAGACGGUCGGGGAUUUGUCUGUUCACUUUAGAAUAACAAUUUUUCUUGGCUGAAAAUAAAAGUACCAAAGACAUUCUCCUGGGGACAGAUCUCUUCUGUGGCUUUAUACCCCAUCCGCUUAUUUAGAAAUAUGAACAGGGUAGACAUGACCUAAAGCGGGAAGAUGA